AUGGAUCAACAAUCUUCCCACCCGGGAAGCAGAGCGGUGACUUCAAGUCUCCAGCUUUUAUCCAGAACUGCCUGUCUACACCCGAUCCAUACUAUUUGCACUAUAGCCAUCUUGGCCAGUACGACCUACAUCGGAGUUCUCAAGGAUAGCCUUUUCCAUGCACCCGGAAAUGUUGGAAAGGCCGACUGGGCUUCUUUGCUCACAGGGAGCCGAAGCUUGAUUACCAGCCAAGAAACGGGUUGGAAGUGGGAUACUUUCAACUCUAAUGACAUUCCGGAGGAUUUUGACCACCAAGCGCUUAUAACCUUGAACUUUCAAGGCUCCUCUGCGGAUACACCCCAAAUCGUUACAUCGUCCUUCGCUCCUCUUGUGGAACUGCCGGUGCUUCCCCUUCCCUCAACAUCAAACCCUUUGACCGCGUAUUCCCAGGAUAGCACCUUUGCUUUCGCCGUUCCACACCAAAAGGCGCCAGAACUGGUUGCUGUCGUGCAAAAUAUUCCUCACAAUGCAAUCAAGGGCAAAUCGGUCGAUGGGGGUGCUGAGAUGGAGCGCAAAACGUGGAUCAUGAAGGCUGCCCGACCCAACACAAAAGGAAGUCUUGCUCAGUGGGUUCAUGAUAGCUGGACGGAAUUCCUUGGUCUUCUCAAGCACGCCCAAACGCUAGAUAUCAUUGUUAUGGCCAUCACCUACAUAUCGAUGCACUUGACUUUCGUUUCACUCUUUCUAAGCAUGAGGAAAUUGGGGUCGAAGGUUUGGCUCGCCACGACGGUGCUUUUAAGCUCAACAUUUGCUUUCUUGUUGGGACUUGAUGUCGCCAUCAGACUUGGUGUUCCCAUUAACAUGAGGCUACUUUCCGAAGGACUCCCCUUCUUGGUUGUGAUCGUUAGCUUUGAAAAGAGCAUCACUCUCACCAGAUCCGUUUUAUCUCAUGCCAUAGAGCAUCGGAAGCCUCAAAAGUCUCAAACUGAGGGGUGUGGCCCAGCCGGCCGUACUGAAAGCACAAUCCAGUACGCCGUUCUAGGUGCCAUUAGGGAUGAGGGUUAUGGAAUCGUGUGUCACUACAUUCUUGAGAUUUCACUUCUCCUUGUCAGUGCUGCUUCGGGUGUGAGAGGGGGGCUUCAGCACUUCUGUUUUCUUGCAGCCUUAAUCCUUUUCUUUGACUGCCUGCUGCUUUUUACCUUCUACACCGCUGUUCUUUCGAUCAAGCUUGAGGUCAACCGAAUUAAACGUCAUGUUGACACACGGCACGCGUUACAAGAUGAGGGCCUUAGCAGACGGACAGCAGAAGGUGUUGCUGAAAGUAACGAUGCCCCGGACAGCACAAGUGCAUACUUGUUUGGCAAGGAUUUCAAUGGUAGCAACAUUCGAAAGUUCAAGUUCUGGAUUAUAGUGGGUUUCUUUGCGGUCAACAUUGUGAACCUUUGCUUUAUCGCGCUCCAGCCAUCUUCUGGUGGUUCAUUAUACAGCAUGUUGGCCUGGAAUAGACGUCUCCAUGGGAUGGCCAUGAACCCGCCGCUUGAGCCGUUCAAAGUAGCCGGAGACGGGCUGGAGGAACUGCUUUUCCAGGCAAGAGGGCGUAAACAAGCAACCGUGGUAACCGUGCUUGCUCCUAUCAACUACGAACUGGGACAUUCCUUUUUUCCUCACCCUUUCCCGUACCCCGGCAACCAUGAGUCUACUCAGAAUAGCUGGUCAUACAUCCCGUCUCAGCUUCCCGAAUAUGGAGUUGGCGAAAGGAUGGUCGGUGGUCUCCUCACCAGCCUUGAAGAUCCUGUCCUCUCGAAAUGGAUGUUUGUGGCACUUGCUUUGAGCGUCGCCCUGAAUAGCUAUCUCUUUAAGGCUGCCAGACUAGGGAUCAAAGACCCCAAUCACCCAGACCACCCUGUCAAUCCAGUCGAGCUUGCCCAGGCUGAAAGGUUUAAUGCUGCGCAGACUCUGACUCCUCAGCUCCAGUUGAGCCCCCCAGUUCCCCAGACAGAGCAGUCGAGCCCUGUCAGUAGUGAUAAUGACAGUGAGGCUCCUUCGCCUCCGACACAAAAUUCUGCAAAAGUGACCCCGCCAACCGAGCAAUGUUCUCAAUCUCGCACUCCCGUGGAACUAGAUAAUUUACUCAAGCAAAUACCCAUCAGCGAGUUGAACGACGAGGAUGUUGUCUCCCUAUCAUUACGGGGCAAGAUCCCCGGAUAUGCACUCGAGAAAAGCCUCAAAGAUUGCACGCGAGCCGUUAAAGUUCGUCGCUCUAUCAUUUCGCGUACACCUGCUACGGCAGAUAUCACGCACAUGCUAGAAGCCUCAAAGCUACCAUACGAAAACUACGAUUGGGCGCGUGUUCUGGGAGCCUGCUGCGAGAAUGUAAUUGGCUUUAUGCCAGUGCCUGUUGGAGUUGCUGGCCCACUUGUCCUUGACGGCAAGAGCUAUUUCAUUCCUAUGGCAACGACCGAAGGAGUCCUCGUAGCCAGUGCAAGCCGUGGCAGCAAGGCUAUUAAUCUCGGCGGUGGUGCUGUGACAAUCGUCACCGGUGAUGGUAUGACACGUGGGCCGUGUGUGAGAUUUUCGCUUCUCGCACGAGCUGGUGCCGCAAAGGCCUGGCUUGAUUCUGAUGCUGGUCAGACUGUGAUCAAAGAUGCCUUUAACUCGACUAGUCGGUUUGCAAGGCUGCAGAGCUUGCGCACUACCAUCGCUGGUACGAACGUGUAUAUUCGAUUCAAGGCAACGACUGGCGAUGCCAUGGGGAUGAAUAUGAUAUCUAAAGGUGUUGAGCAUGCUCUGCAUGUCAUGUCUACUGAGGCGGGAUUCGAUGAUAUGGAUAUCGUCACCCUGUCGGGCAAUUAUUGCACAGAUAAGAAACCCUCCGCUUUGAAUUGGAUUGAUGGGCGGGGCAAGGGUAUUGUGGCUGAGGCCAUUGUUCCAGCGAAUGUUGUCAGGGAAGUUUUGAAGAGCGACGUUGACAGCAUGGUUCAGCUGAAUGUGUCUAAAAAUCUAAUUGGGUCCGCCAUGGCCGGCUCAAUCGGUGGAUUUAACGCUCAAGCCGCGAACCUAGCAGCCGCCGUUUUCAUUGCUACAGGGCAGGAUCCUGCGCAGGUGGUGGAGUGUGCCAACUGCAUGACUCUUAUGGAAAAUUACCGUGGCUCACUCCAUAUCUCCGUCACUAUGCCCUCCAUCGAAGUUGGUACAUUGGGUGGUGGUACUAUUUUGGAACCCCAGGGAGCAAUGCUGGACAUGCUUGGUGUUCGUGGAUCCCAUCCGACCACGCCUGGCGAGAAUGCACGUCAACUUGCACGCAUCAUCGGAGGUGCUGUUCUGGCAGGAGAGCUUUCUCUUUGUGCAGCUCUGGCAGCUGGUCAUCUCGUGAAAGCGCAUAUGGCGCACAAUCGGUCUGCACCAACAUCUGAAGCCCCCUCUCGGAGUGCAUCACCAUCUGGCGGAACUCGGAUCGCGCCUGGUCCUAGUAAUGGUCCCAAAAUGAGUGCUGCAGCGGUGGAACGGACAAGACGAUGA